AUGCGUUCUCUUACAUUUGCUGCUGCAGUUGCAGCAUUGUCUACUGCCAACGCGAAAGACAUCUACGUGUCGCCAACAGGCACGGGAACGGGAACUUCUACCGCCCCCUUCGGCUCGAUUCAAUCUGCUGUCAACGCUGCCGUGGCUGGCGAUGUGAUUCUCCUUCGCGCAGGUACAUACAAACCGACCACCAAUGUCCAGAUCACCAAGAGCGGCACUAGGACUCAGCCUAUCACUCUCCGUUCUUUCGAGAAGGAGAAGGUCAUCAUCGAUGGUGAGGGUAUGCCUGGCACGCCAUACGCCUUGGACGCGUCUCUACCGAACAAGGAGCGCGGUGCUUUCCAUAUCGAAAAGGCGAAUUACUGGAAGUUUUACAACCUGGAAAUCAUCAACGGCCCCUACGGUGUGUACGCCCGGGACGCCUCGCACAACCACUACGAGCUUUUGAUCACUCACGACAACUACGAGACUGGCUUCCAGCUUCAGGGCGCAUCGUCGAACAACACUGUCCUGUACCUCGACUCCUAUCGCAACCGUGACCCGCGCAAGAACGGCGAGUCAGCCGACGGAUUCGCAUGCAAGGAAGGCUCAGGUGAGGGCAAUGUCCUGCGCAAUGCGCGUCUAUGGGACAACGUUGAUGACGGGCUCGACCUCUUCAUGUUCGGAUCACCCGUGACACUGGAAGAGGUAUAUGCGUGGGGUAACGGCUUCAACCGCUGGGGCUUCAGUUCUUUCGAGGGCGACGGCAACGGUUUCAAGCUCGGUAUCACGGAUAAUCCGCCCGCCAACCACAUCGUGCGCAACUCCAUGGCUUUUGCAAAUGCGAAGAAGGGCUUCAUCGAUAACGGAAACCCGGGUAGCUUGACUUUCGAGCGCAACACCGCGUGGAACAACGGUGACGUGGGCUUCAAUCUGAGGAGCUCCAGCUCGACCAUGAACAACAACAUCGCUGUGGCAAAUGUGGGUAGUGCGCAGGUUAGCUUGACCGCGUCGGGAAUCAAGGCUACAGGUAACUCGUGGCAGUCGGGUAGCUGGUCUAACUCGAGUUUCACAAGUGUUGACCCAUCUACGCUGAAGAAGGCGCGUGGUGCUGACGGUAGGGUGCCUGCGAGUGACUUUUUGCUACCGAAGAAUGGUGCUGCUAUUGGUGCGACUACGCGAACCGACGUUUGA